AUGGCUGCGGGUAAGCCGUCCUUCGCACUGCCGGUGCUCGUGCUGCUGCUGGCGGCGGCGUGCCUGGCGGCGGCGCAGGUGACCAGCCCCCCCAAGGCGGAGGUGGUGGCGGAGCUGAAGGCGCUCAAGCGCGCACUCAGGCUGCGCCCCAAGUACGCGCUCAUCCGCCGCGUCGCCACCGAGGUGCUCUCCCGCCAAGACGAGUUCCCCGAGAACUUCGAUUUCAGCGACGUGGUGAACAAGACGCUGCUGCUGCCCACCAACGGCGCCAUCGUGGCCGCGGGCGUGCGCAAGCUGCCCACCAACGAGUCCGACGGCGCGCAAUACGAGGACCUCGGCCUCAUGAACGUGCUUGACGGGUACCUCACUAUCGAGGAUAUCAAGGCCGGCGCGAUUCUCAAGACGAUGCACGACGACAGGGUUCUGGCGGUGAAGGAGACGCGCGGGGCGGUGGUCGCGCUGGGGCAGGAGGGGCAGAAGCGGCGGCAGUGGUCGGUGGUGGUGGACGCGAAUCUGUUCAAGGGCAAGUUCGUCGUCGCGCACGGCGUCAACCGCAUGCAGCAGCCGUAG